AUGAUGCACUCAGCUAUCCCCUCAGCUCCCCACGAUCGUGAUCCACUUCGGCCCGAUGAUCUGCCGCGGAAGAAGAUCCGAAAAGGGACCCGCAGUUGCUGGGAAUGUAAACACCGCAAAGUGCGAUGUAAUUUUGCUUCCGAUGGCGAUGCUAGUUGCAAGGAAUGCCUCGCACGAGGAACUCUGUGUCGUAGCCAAGAUUUCCCUGAACCUGAGAAACCGCGCGAAUCCGACCGCACAUCACUGAACGAUCGGAUGGCUCGCGUAGAGUCCAUGCUGGAAAAAUUGUUGCUUCGUGUGGAUUCUUCUGAUGGCUUUGACCAAAAGACGGCGGAUGCAACGAUCAGUCCAACCACAACUCCUCCGACCGUAGUUCCCCUGCAGGACAAUGCUCCAAUGCUGUCCCUGUUCAGGAACGACAAGCUCGAGUUUCGCCAAACAGAUACUGUCUCACCUUCCUCCUCCGCCGCACUUGGUCAGAACAACUUGGAAUCGUCAAAUGUGUGCCGACAGCUCAUAGCACUCGUUCCACCUCCCAGCGCUAUAAGGCUUAUUUCCGAUAUUGGUCGCGGUAUUUGGUUUGUUUCCCAACCCAAGCUCUUCCAGGACUGUCUGGGCCCGCUCAAUUCGAAUCCUGUGGAGGAUCUUUCCAGCCGUCACCCGUCCGCGAUAGCCAAAACCUCCAUGUAUAUUGCUGUGUGUCUCCAUAUACUUCCUGCCGGCUUCAACGUUGCUGCCCUGGACCUCUCAUCGCCACCUAACGCGAUUGUCGAAAAGACCUUGUCUUUGGUGUCAAGAUGGAUAAUUGCAGACGACACGAUUAUGUUAAACCUUGAGGGACUCGAGACUUUAUCUCUUUUCGUUCAUAUCUGGAUGAUGGAAGGAAACUUGAAAAGUGCUUGGUUGUCCACUCGUCGUAUCCUGGACGUCUGCCAGGUUCUUGGGUUCCAACGACCUCCAAAAUCCGCCUCUGAAGACGACGAUCACUAUCGAGGUGUGACGGUCUGGAGAAACGCCCUCAUUCUGGAUAGACUAAUUUCUCUUAUUCUUGGUGUGUAUCAUUCUGUUCCCAAUGUUGCUGUAGAUCGACAAACCCUCGAUCGAAGCUUUGCUUCUCACAAUAUGACUGUGAUGCAUAUAACAAUGAUCGACCACCUCAUUCGAAUAUCCGGGUCAAUAAUAGAGCGGAAUCAAGCCUUUUCAGAAGUUACGUCGGCCAUGAUGGAACAGACACAACGUAUCGACUCUGAGCUCAAUUUGAUUAAUCCUUCCUUGACAACCCCUGAUGACGGCACAUCACCACCAUACAUAAAGCUCGGAUUGCAAAUGGCGUUCUUUCAGCUCAGCGUAUGGCUUCAUCUGCCUAUCUUAGUACAUUCCGAUCCAGAUCCUCGCUAUGAGUAUAACCGGCAAACUUGUCUUCAAUCCUGCCGAGACUUUAUUUCCUGCUUCAUUUCUAUGCGACGCCUCAACAGAAAUACGAGGCAGUUCCGACUGUUCGAGUUCUCCGCGUUGAUUUCAACAUUGACUCUCAUCUUUGGUACACUUGGAUACUACGGUCGGCAUUACCAGCACCCAGACAAUUCCUUCGCAGUUGGAAGCGUCAUAUCUUACUUGGAGGAGUGUUCAAAAUCUGACCCCACAGACAAAACUACCUGUCGAGGGUUCCAUAUUUUGCGAACGCUUCGGGAGGUAGCCAAGGGUAACAACCCACCGGGAUAUCCUCCAUAUGAUCCAAAUUCAACUGAGGAAGGCCGGCCCAGUCAAAUCACCCUGGAUAUUCCAUACUUCGGAACUAUAUGCCUCGAACGACGCAGAUUAAAUGAUCCGCCACUGCAAAAUUUCAGUACUUCUUUGCCUUCAACGACACUGCCUGCCACGGAUUUUGGGGUACAAGACCCAUCGUCGGCAUGGAUGGGUCUCGUUUUGGAUGAGUCUUCGUUGGCCCAAUCGACAAAUCCUCAUGCCUGGUCUGGUCCCAGUUCUGUUCUGGACCCAAACGCCGAAUUCUGGGCUCUUAAUCCUGACUUUACCUUCCAGGCACAGUGCAUGUAUUUCUUCAGCGACGACUGGGGCAUGGGCCAAUGA